AAUUUGUUCAUUUGAAGGUAACGACGGCCAAGCGGUUUAUUCUCUCUGUCAACCAUUGAUUUUUGAAAAUGGAUACUCAAAGCGCCUAUCCUCGUGGCUAUAGUCAGGAGCAUGACCCCAACAUUGUUGGGCAUCAACAUGGAGACGGGGAAGACGAGCAUCACCACGAGAAGAAAUCGGUUUUGAAAAAGGUCAAGGCAAAGGCAAAGAAGAUAAAAGACACAAUAAAAAAACAUGGGCAUGGUUACAAUCAAGACCAUGAUUAUGGUCACAACCAUGACCAUGAUUAUGAUCAUGAGUACCAUGAUGGUCACGUCCCUGAACAUCAUGAUUUAGAUGACGAAGACGAGGAUGAACAAGAAAUUGUUGAAGAUCCAGAAGUUCAUGGGGCACCAAUAUACGAGUCUGCGGCUGUUAAAAGUGUUGUCUCUGGACAAUCGGAAGAGUUGAGCCGUCCUGGAAUUACAUACGAGAGGUUAAUGGCCAUGGACCCGGAUCCUCUACCGCCAAGUGAAAGUGCUGAAACCUUUUAUUCUGGAAACUACAAGACAGAAGACAGUGAUCCAACGAACAGAUCUGUUCCUGGUCUGAAGGUCCAAGUGACAGAACAACCGAGGGUCAACUUUGAAAAGACAACUGCUAUUGUUGUAGAACCUAUAGCACCGCCAAACACACCUGUGUCUAGUUCUCAUCGGAGCAAAGAUGCUAAUCCUACCAAAACUUUUGUUCAUGGGCAAGAGGAAAAUGCAAGGCAGCCAAAAGUUAAUCUGCAAAGACCAAAAGGGCUGGAGGAGGACCCUGCUGCUCCAAAGGACACUCCGAAUGCUUAUACUACUACAAAUUAUCAGACCAAAAUCACAGACCCAAGUGGAAAAGGUGGAGAAGCAACAGGGAUAACCCCAAUUCUUCAUUCGUUGGAUAAAAUGAAUAUCCAUAAUAAGCAGGAUACAGAAAGAGAGGAGAACUUCCCUCCUGGAACUCAUCACAGGGCGUCACAUUUAUCGUUUCCCACGGGAAGCCAUGAUCAAUUCUCUCCCGAACCAACUACCCCGUUACCCAUCGAAACCUCGGAAAACCCCACACUACUCUCAGAAACCAUGGAUACCUCAAAACCUCAAGAGCAUUCUCGUAACGUCACGUCUGACAAGCCAUCAAACCAGAGCAGUUACACUGAGAAAAUCUCAUCUGCCACCUCUGCUGUCACAGACAAAGCAGUGUCAGCCAAGAACAUUAUUGCUUCAAAGCUCGGAUAUGGUGAAAAAGAUCAGACUACCAUAAAUGAAUCACAUGAAGGUCAAGAUGCAACUAAGCAAGCAUCAGCUAUAGACUAUGGAAAGAAAAUGGCUGCAAUUGUAACAGAAAAACUAACCCCAGUGUGCGAGAAAGUGACGGAAGCGGGAGGUAACGUUAAGUCAAAACUACAUGGUCCUGGCACUGGAACUGCGAGCGAAGUGGGAACCGAGGCGCUAGAGCGGGACAAGGGAGUGUCGAUGAAGGGCUAUAUUGCGGAAAAAUUGAGGCCUAGCGAGGGGGAUAGGGCCCUAUCAGAAGUCAUUUUGGAUGCUUUGCAUAAGCGAAAUGAGAAUCCUGAGAAGGAAACCAUGGCAAGGGGGAAGGUCACAGAGUCAGAGGAGGUGGCAAGGCGUUUGGGCAUAAGGGAUGAGAGAGACGAAAGGCCAGGUUCAAGCGCCGUGAAUAGUCCCAAUAAGGGCGUGGUGGAUAAACUUAAAGGCGCUGUUGGUUCAUGGUUUGGUAAAAGAGAGGAGUCACAAGAAAUUCAACAGGCAUAUGAUUCAUCAUACGGUAAUGCAGGUUUUUCAUGUUCUGCCGUCGAGAGAAGACUUGAAGAAGAGUCGGGCAGUUGAUUCGUUAAGCAAUUAAAAGGCUACUACAAUGGAGAGGGUUUCCCUUUACCCUUGUACGGACCAUGUUUUUUGUUUACAAAAAGUGAAUCAGGUAUUAUUCAAUGUGUGUAGACUAUAGCUAUGGGCCUAUGGCGUCUGGUUCAUGUGCGUGCACUCUACUGUUUCUUAGACUGCUUCCAGUGUGGAAUAUAUAACUAUCCAGUGAAAUUCUGAUCAAGAAAUCAGGGCUUUCAUUAGCAAUAUUUACGGUUUUACUACAUUUCACGAGAAUCAUCCCUGUGUAGUAUUCUCCCCUCCUAAUUUGGCUCUUUAAAGUUUU